GCAAACUUCAACUUUUGCGACACCGUUACAGCCAUCCAACCACAGUGCUACGUCUACACUCACUCUGUACCCCGGCACCAGCGUCGAGUUGGUUGUUGCACAUAUAUAUCUGUCAUUGUGCCUUUUGCCUCCUCAAGACAAUGCAAAACCCUGGUCGCGAUCAAGACCUGCAAGAGCGUGUGUCGUACAUCCAGUCGGCCACGAAAGACGCAGCUGACAAGGACUACGAUGCGGUCAAGACGCCUGGUGAGUUGGAAGAUGGCGCGCUCGUCGAAGGCGGGGCCCUCAACCUCUUCUCCCGCGAAGCCUUCGGUCUCUUCACCCAGUACGCUGCCAUCGGUGUCAUCUACGGCAUGAUCCCCGCGCUCAACUACCCCAUCUUCAACGUGUACUUGCAAUUGGAAGGCUACCAGACCGCGUCGUACUCGACGCUAGUGACGUUGGGGUGGUCGUUCAAGGUGUUUAUGGGCAUGUUCUCGGACUGCUUCCCCAUCCUGGGCUACCGCCGCAAGUCGUGGAUGCUGAUCGGGUGGACGGCCACGAUGAUCUGUCUGGCGAUCAUGACGUUUUCGUCGUUGGGCGACCCGUACUGCAACCGCGAGAAGGCGUCUGCGAUAGGGUCCAAGGCGUGCUCCAAGCCGUACUCGAACGCGACGACCAAAGACCUGGACUUGUUCAACGUCAACGCCCCGGACAACGGCGGCUUGUUCAUCAUCCUGUCCAUGUUUGUGUCAUUGGGGUACGUCACGGCGGCGUGCGCGUCCGACGCGAUGGUGGUGCAAUAUGCUCAGCGCGAGCCCAUGGCCAUCCGAGGCCGAGUGCAAACGGCCAUUUACGUCGUGCGCACGCUCGCCAGUAUCAUUGCGCUGGUUGUGACAGGUUUUGGCUUGAACGGAGCCAACUACAACGGGUCGUUCUCGUUCUCGAUGGCGCCCAACAUUCCGUACGGCAUCUGCUUGAUUCCGUGCGUGAUUGUGGUGCUGUCGACCAUCUUCAUCGUCCAAGAGACCAAGACCCCGGGCGUGCCCAUCAGUGAGUGGGCCGGCAACUUUUGGGAGCUGCUCCAGAAGCGUGUGAUGUGGCAGAUUUGCGCGUUCCGGUUCAUCAACAACAUGUUUCAGAACAUCGGGUCCACGGCCGGCAGCCCCAUGUCAAGCAUCUGGGCCGAGGUCGAGCCGUUGAACGACUCGCUGUCGUCGAUCAUCGGCAACGCCAUCUUUUCGGGCAUCCUCGUGUCCGUGGCCAAGUGGGGAUUGCACUGGAACUGGCGGUGGACCAUCGCCAUCAGCUCCCUCGGUGUGAUUCUCGUGGACGGGUUUGUCAUCUUUGUGACCAUCUGGGACGUUAUUCGCAACCAGUGGUUCUUCACGGGCGUGGCGCUGGCGGACAACGUGCCCGGUGGCGUGCGCUUCAUCGUGGCCACGUACUGCGCCGUGGAGAUCGCCGAUGUCGGCAACGAAGGCGCCACGUACGGCUUGGUCACGACCGUGUCCAACUUGGCGUCUCCGUUUGCAUCUGUGAUCUACAAGUACAUUGACUCGUACUUUUUGCUGUCGCAGAACGACCUCAUGACCGACACGACCGAAGUGCGGUGGGACGUCACGUACUCGUACUUUAUCUCAUACGGGAGCAAGUUGUUUGCGCUCACGUGGCUGUGGAUGCUGCCUCCCCAGCGUGCUGAAAUGCAAGAGCUCAAGAAGAAGGGCGGCAAGAGCCCGCUGGCCGGCAUCGUGUUGAUCGUACUGUUUGUCUCGUGCUUGUGUUUCUCGGUCACGUCCAGCAUCAUGUCCAUCUUCCCGUCGACCAAGUGCUACCGUAUCGCAGGGGGCAAUGGCAAGUUGGAUCCCGCGACUGGCGGGUGCCCUGCCGUCAAGAGCCGCAAGGGUUAAAACUCGGUCGAGUCCGAGUCACGGAUGUUGUAGAGUAAUCGUGUAAUGAUGUGUGCAUGUAUUUUGAAAGCGAGCAUUCACUGGACUGCACCAAGCUGAAUUGCAAGUAUUACUGGUACCGGUAUGCCACUGUCAGCUUUUGAUUGAAUCAAUCGCUCAAACAAACCUGCUAACGAUUGUC